UGGUGGUUUGCAUGUGUAUAGUGAAAUUGACAUUUACCGAUUAAAAAUCUAAUCUUUCUGAGCCAUUUAUAAAAUAGCUUAGGGCACAGAGCAAUCCUCUUUGAGGGCCAGGGAAAUCCUGCUUCGUGCCAGUGCACAGACUGCUUUCAAACCCAGUGCCUGACCUUGCAAGUAACUGAGAACCCUCCACUCGUAUGAGAGUUGCAAGCGGUUGACGUUUAAUAGGCUUUGCCCCAUUGUUUGAACUGUGAAUGAAGAACUUGAAAGCUCUUUGCUGAUGCAUUUCAGAUUGUUUUCAGGUAAGAAUUGUUGUAUUCAUGUCUUAAAUCUUUCACGUUACCAUUUUGAGCAUCUUGUAUUUCAGGUGUGGAACCUUUUAUAGCAGUUUAUUUCAGUAUCAAGUACCACAAUGUCUGAAGACCAUGACCAUUUCCUCCCACGGUUCUUCUCUUUCCUCUGGUUCCCUUCUGUUAUAAUCUAAUGUAACAUAUCCCAAUUAAAUAACAUGCAAAAGAUUUUUAGUUCCAAAAAUGGUUCUAGAUAGGAGGGGUAACUUAUGCCUUGUUUAGCCAAAGAACUGUUUCUGGGUGAGGUUUGUGUGAUUUGCAUCUUACCAUAAAGUUUUCAGUCUUUCAGUUUAAAAACGAAAACACAAACCACGAACUCAUCCCAUGCUGACCUUUGAUUCAAUAAUCCUUCAAAUGGGUGGGCAGUAGGCAGGUUGGAUCUUUUGUUGCAAUGAUUAGAUGCUUUUUCCAUUAUGCUAUUACUGUGAAUGUCCUUCUCUUUCAAAACCACAAACUUAGCAGAGAUUUGGUAUUCCCAAGAUCUCGGUUUUUCCCUCUGAUCUAUUUUAUUGAAACAUUAUACCAUGCAGGCAACUUAGUUACUGACUAUUUAAAGCAAGUAAUGUAAUUAACAUCUUCAUUUAGAGGUUUAUAUGGUUAGAGACAAUUCUUACUUGGGGAAUGAACCAUGAAUAUGUUAGAAUGGGGCAGGAAACAUCUCAUUAAAUUUAAUUAACUCAGCUCUAUACAAAAUGUGAAUAAUUCAACUGGCUUUGAAUUCUAACAUGCAUAGUUUAAAUCUGGCUCUUUUCUUGUGCUCCCAAGUUGCUCCGGGUUAGAAUCUUUUCUUCGGCUUAGAGGGUUUGCAGCAAAAACCAUCGUCUUCCCUUAAUAAGAACUUACUUAUACUGUGCACUUCUUUCAGUAAAAGGAAAUCGCUUCUCUCGGGUUAAUUGUUGUGGCACCAAAAAUGGGGACAAUGCUGCUAUGUCAGGUGUGCUUUCUCCUCCAUUGUUCUGCCAUUCGAUGGAGGCACAUGGUUAAUAUAUUUGUGGUCAGAUGGAGUCAGUGCUGUUUAGCUUUGCGUUUCAGCGUAAUUCCUCAGAGUGCAGUUAUAUUGGAACUGUAGAAGCAAGCAGGGAUUAGAUCGCUUCAUAAAGGACAGACAGAUCUUUUUGGCUCGAUCACCAGUUUGAAUCCAGCCCAGAUUGGUAGUGACCGUAGCGGCUGCUGUUCCAUGUUGUUGAGGACAGAAAUGGCAUCGGAUGUUCCCUCUUUGGGUGCAGCAGUUGCUUCUGGGAACCCUGGACCUGGUACACAGGCUGGAGUAGCCAUUGUCCAGAGGACAAACAAGAGACGACCAGGGCUUGAUUUUGAUGAUGAUGAUGAUGAAGAAGAAGGGAACAAAUUCCUCAGAUGUGAUGAUGAUCAGAUCCCAAAUGAUAAAGAGAGAUUUGCAAGGUCUGAUGAUGAGCAGAGUUCAGCGGAUAAGGAAAGACUUGCCAGGGAGAAUCACAGCGAGAUCGAGCGCAGGCGUAGGAACAAGAUGACCGCCUACAUCACGGAGCUGUCAGACAUGGUGCCCACCUGCAGCGCCCUGGCUCGCAAGCCUGACAAACUGACUAUCUUGCGUAUGGCUGUGUCGCACAUGAAGUCCUUGCGGGGCACUGGCAACACCUCCACUGAUGGCACCUACAAACCCUCCUUUCUCACUGAUCAGGAACUCAAACACUUGAUUCUAGAAGCAGCCGAUGGCUUUCUGUUCAUAGUGUCUUGUGAGACCGGAAGGGUGGUGUACGUCUCGGACUCGGUGACUCCCGUCCUGAACCAGCCGCAGUCCGAAUGGUUCAGCAGCACCCUGUACGACCAGGUGCAUCCUGACGACGUGGACAAACUGAGGGAGCAGCUCUCCACCUCGGAGAACGCUUUGACAGGUCGAAUCCUUGAUCUAAAGAGUGGGACAGUCAAGAAGGAAGGCCAGCAAUCCAUGAGAAUGUGCAUGGGCUCAAGGAGAUCCUUCAUCUGUCGAAUGAGGUGUGGCAACAGCUCAGUGGAUCCAGCCUCCAUGAAUAGACUCAGCUUCAUGAGGAGCCGAUGCAGGAGCGGCUUGGGUGCAGUGAAAGAUGGGGAGCCCCAUUACGUGGUGGUGCACUGCACAGGGUAUAUAAAAGCCUGGCCCCCAGCAGGUGUCUCAUUGCCAGACGAUGACCCAGAUGCUGGCCAGGGGAGCAAAUUUUGCCUUGUGGCCAUUGGCAGACUACAGGUCACUAGCUCACCCAACUGCACAGACCUGAACAAUGUUUGUCAGCCAACUGAGUUCAUCUCCCGACACAACACCGAAGGCCUUUUCACCUUCGUAGAUCACCGCUGCGUGGCUACAGUUGGCUACCAACCACAGGAACUCUUGGGGAAAGAUGUUGUGGAUUUCUGCCACCCAGAAGACCAGCAGCUUUUGCGAGACAGCUUUCAGCAGGUGGUGAAGUUAAAAGGCCAGGUUCUGUCAGUCAUGUUCCGAUUCCGGUCCAAAAACCGUGAAUGGCUCUGGAUGAGAACCAGCUCCUUUACCUUCCAGAACCCCUACUCAGAUGAGAUUGAGUACAUCAUCUGUACCAACACCAACGUUAAGAACUCAAGCCAGGAGUCUCGGCCUGCUGUGUCUAACUCGAUGCAGCGGCCACAGCAAGGACAGAAUGUCAGCCUCCCCCUGGACAUGGGCACAGCUCAGCUGGCGUCAAGGCAGCAGCAGACACAGCAGACUGCGCUGGACGUGGUCCCAGGAAGAGAGAGUCUGUCUGGUUAUGACCACUCGCAGGUUGCUGUCCAGCCUGUGACGGCUGCUGGCCCAGAACGCAGCAAACCACUGGAAAAAACGGAGACUCUGUUUAGUCAGGAGAGGGACCCGCGGUUCAGUGAAAUCUACUCCGGUAUCAAUACAGAUCCGAGCAAAGCCAUUCCUGCCAGCACAGUGCCGGCCAAUCAGCCGCUCUUCCCCCAGGGAAACACUUUCACUCCUGCGCGGCCCACCGAAAGUUUCAGGAGCAGUAGCAUGGUACCCCCUGUCAACAUCAUCCAGCAGCAGCCUGCUUCAGCAGGCCAGAUUUUAGCACAGAUUUCUCGCCACUCCAAUACCACUCCAGUCACUGCAACCAACUGGGUGUCAGCGACGCGACCGUCGUUCACGGCACAGCAAGUGCCUUCCCAGACCGCAAAGACUCGGUCCCCUUCAUUUGGAAUGGGGAGUUUCCAAGGCACCCCUUCCUCCUUCAGCCCCAUGUCAACACCUGGUUCCACAGCCUCCCCGGGCAGGGCUGCUUAUCCAGCCCUCGCCAGCCGCGGCACAGGCUUUGCCACUGAAACCGCGCAGACCCCAGCCCAGUUCCAGACACGGACAGCGGAAGGAGUUGGCAUGUGGCCUCAGUGGCCAGGACAACACCACGGGCGAAGCUCUGGGGAGCAGCACGUCCAGCAGCAGCCAAGCCAGCCUGAGGUCUUCCCAGACAUGCUGUCAAUGCUGGGAGACCAGGGAACCAACUACAGCAAUGAAGAAUUCCCAGACUUAAAUAUGUUCCCUGCCUUUUCAGAAUAAAAUAAAAAAACCGAAACCCCCCUUACAAAUUUUAUAUAAAUAUCUAUGUGUAAAGGAAAAAGCACCUAAGUCUUUUUUCUCAGACCCCUGAACUUUCUAAACACUUCCUACUUCCUGGAGGUGGAAACUUCCAACCAAGAAUCCAGAAUGGACAGCUCCUCCCGAAGGAGGAGGCAAGGUCUCUGCAAUGCUGCCAGCCCUGCGUGGAUGACGCGUGGGAUUGUUCAUCAGGCGGCGUCAGGACUCAUGAAGCAUUGGAGAGUGCAGGAGGGAAACUCCCACAGACUGCGGGACGCACGCAAGAGGCUUACUCUGUGCACUGGGUUGGGAGGAGAGACUCCUGGCUCCUUCAGCAAGCACCUCCCAAAGUUCAUGAGGUGCUUUUUAAAAAUGUCAGUCUUCUAUACCGUGACUUUUUAAAGACUUAUUGUAUCGGCUUAAAUGUUGGAACCUUUUCCCAAAUGUUACCCUAGGAUCGAGUUAUAAAGGGUUAACACAUGCUGGGGAUUACAAAUCCUUCUUGGCUUACCCAGCUGUUCUGCAGAUCACCUCAGCAAGGAAGCUUUUGUGUCAUCUCUCUGGAGAGGAAAGAGUGGAGUUAUUACGGGCUCCCCGGCUUGUGAUCGGGGUGUGUUUGAGAAGCUUCCCUGUUCACGGGAGCUUAGCUUUGGAAGAACGUGUUUGUUUGAAAUCCCAUCUCUCUUCCAUAAACAGUGCAAUUAAUAUGGGUAUUUUAGUUAGCGUGACCUAUAAACUUGGGGAUUUUUCAUUCACUUAAAGAUGGGAAAAUAAUGAGCCAUAAAGUGUUAAAUAAUCAUAUGUAGCUUUGCUUUCUAAAUGCACCAGUCCACAACUGAUGGCUUCAGUGCUGCCAUAAACCAGUGUUAAACGGGUUUUCAGUGAGUGUAUCUAUUGAGACUAACAUGGCACUUUUAGUGCAACUUUACCAUUUUUAUCUCCUUUCCCACCAUCUCCAUUUCUGAGUUGUAGGCCCAGCUCCUGUUGGAAACAGACUCUUCUGCCUCUCUCGCUUCUGGGUAAGGGAUCUGGGUUUUCCAAGAGUUGUGCUCUUCACUCAGCUAUCAGAGUGGCAAUCUCCAGUCUGACGUUCACUGAUCCCUUAAAGAACUUCUUACUGCCAGGUGCUGAUCUAUUGCCAAAAUACAAAAUGGAGGCGAGCGAGGCAGGUAUUUAACUUAAAGAUUCAAGCCUUGUGUUCAAAUUUUCUGGCACCUUCCCUGGAAAAACUUGUGGCAAACUUCACGCUCCCUCCUGGCCCUGUUUUUUAAAAAGCGAUGGUGAAACCAGUACCCAUGGCAAGAGUUUGCUGCUUGCAUUCAGUAAGUAGAUCUGUCUGCUGUUGGGUUCAACACUUGGAAACUAACUCUCUAACGCUGUGGUGGAAAAACCAGAAUCUUUCCUGAAAAGGGAAAUCUGGUUUUCUUCAGGAUUAAAUCUGUUGGAAGUUGGUCUUGUUCCUUUAAAGCAUGCACACUGCUCCACGUUAAGUGAGAUUAGGGAUGCUGACCUCCUGGAAUGCCCUGGGGUGACCAUCCUUCAGCCAGUAAGGUCAGAGCUAGACAAAUAAUGGAAUUUCCACUGGUUGGCAAUUUUGCAAAAGUAAAGAAGAAAUUUGGCUGGGUCAAAUUUUACCAUUUCAUUUCGAUUUGUGAGCAUUUUCAAGCUUCUGAAUUUUUUUUUUAAAAAAAAGGAAAUUUUGAAACUAAGUUCUUUCGAACUAAUAUUUCAACCUUUUAAAUAAAAUGAAAUAAGACAUUGAAUUUUUUUUAUAAACAAAACAGAGAACUGAAUGCAAAUUCAAAGUGUUUCAUUGGUGAAGAAUCUGCAUUUUUUAUAGUUUUGUGCAAAUAAUUUUGCCUAGCUCUAAUGGCAAGAUUGUCAAAAGGAAGGGUGUGGUCUUUGUCGGACUAGUAGAUCUUGGGGCAGGUGAGGGUGGAGCAGUGUUGAGGGGGAACCUUUGCCAGCUCACAUAUACCCUCCAAAGAGCAGAUUUCCUAGACUUGUAGGGCAGGUAACCUCUAUCUGUGGAAGUAUUGGAGCAAAACACAUUUGUGUGAAUAACUGUUGUAAAGUGCGAUGAGACGUUUCAAUAUUUUCUGUACCCUGCCAGAGAUGAUAUUGACACUAGGAUUAGAAGAACCAAACCUAUACUGUAUUCUCAUGCUUUCGUUGUUAAAACAGUGUUCAGACACUAGUGACCUUGGUCAAAUCUUCAAAAACUCUGAAGUCCCGUUUCAAAAGUGAUUCAAACAAUCGCUUUUAAAAAUGGGACUUAAGCUUCUAAGUCACUUAUGAGCUUUUGAAAAUUUUACCCAUAUACUUAAUCUGCUCUCUGCUGGGUGGAUUAUAAGGGUGUUGAGCUGAGCUAACAGCAAUAACUGCAUUUGGCUCUUCUCUUCAGCUCUGGCAGUUCAUCAUGUUCCAAAUAACUUUAUCACUAGCUCUUUGGCUGUGGAGCCAUGGGGUUUUCUCAGGCUUAGAGCAAAUCUGUUUCGUAAAGUUGUAAUGUGUUAACUCUCCCAGGUAUUUCUACUCAGUAUGGCAGUGUCUGCUUGUGAGUUAAAUUUGCAGGGCUUGUGAGUUAACUUGUAUCAACAGGAUGGCAGAAGCAUGCGUGUGAAAAUGACUAGAGCUGUGUCUGUGACAUCUCCCGAAUGGUAAAGCUGUAGUCACUUUACCAGUCUCAUAAAGGUGAAGGCAGCUCUAGCCUUGAAAAUCAGAAUGAACCUGUUGACAAAUGCUCUGAAACUAUAUGGCCAUAAGGAAAAAACCUGUUUCUACAGAAAUCAUGUACUGUAUGCACACUAUUGUAACACGAUAUUGAAGAGAAAGUCAACCUUUUUUCAUUCUACCGCUAGAAUCUUUCCUGGGGCUUGCGGUGGGUGGGAGACCACUUAAUAAGGGCAGUUGCUUGGCUUUGUUUUUGCAUUGUUUUCUGCAGUCAGUUCUCUCCAGUGGUGGUCUGAAUUUCCCAUCUCUCGGGCAGAGAGCAGGGCACAUGCAUGGCCAGACGAGCUCCUGCUAGCUGGGUAACGACCUUCUCCACCAUCACAUUCAUAACUCCUGGGUGACCAGGUUUGUUAGUUUCUUAGCUGGGCUGCUACCAGCAAGGGGGAGAACUUGGCUCUUAAGCCAAGAUGAUGGCCCUUGCCAAGGGAAACUUGCCACCAUGAUGGCUUGAGCCCCCUCAGCCCUGACCUGGGGGGACCAUUUUCCCCAGGAGGUAGCGUUGCCCCCACUCUUGUUGCUCAGUCAUGGGCCCUUUUGUUGUGUGUUGUCCGCAGGGGACAAAAGGACACACGUCACUGACUCAGCGCUGUUGUGUGGGACGAGAGUCCCAGAACCUACACCGGGCUCCUAGCUCACUGCACCUUAAUGCAGUGGGAUUCAGACAGCGCCCUCGCCAUCCACUAGACUGGAGGUUCCCAAACUUUUCUUAUUGCCUACCCUCUUCAGAUCUACCAGCUGCCCGUAAACCCCUACCCUUCUCGGCACUGAUACUUUGUUCUUAACACUAUCUGUCUUGAGCCACCUGUCCAUAUUGCACUGUUACAGAUAUAGUCAUAGUGCGACAUAUACAACCGAAAAAAAAACAUCCUAAGUUCCGAGCUCAGUUAGAUUGGACAGUUGCUAAGCAACUGAACCCACACUGUAUUGUGAUUGGAGGUGAGGGCUCUGUACGUCAGCAUCUCUGUGUUCUCAUUGGUACAUCUUGAAGUUAAAUUAACUGCCGUAUUUUAUAUAACAAAUUCCCACAGAGUUUUAAAGCUUCAUCUGAGUCGCCUGGUAUGAAAAUGCAAUAAAUAAAAUCCACAAUUUCUCCCACGUACCCCCAGAGAUGUCUCGCGUACUUCCAGGGGUACGUGUAACACACUUGGGGAACCCCUGGUGGUGGUGGGCUUAGUUUGGUGAUCCAAUACUGCAGUGUUGGGGUCCAUAUUAGUACUUUAUAGUUUGUAGGGAGGAUUCAGCAGCUCUGGAGGGGUGGGCAGCCAGCCGUAACUGGUGGGAAGCUCCUCUCCUCUUAGAGCUCAGACUUCCUGGGGUUUGACCUUGCAUUCCUUGGAAUUAAAUCAGUGCAGGGAUGAGGCUUUAAGAGCCUGAUCCUGUGAAAUCUGACAUCCCAUGGGAGUGGCUGGUUGUGCUACCCCUCCUGUGGAAUGACACCCGGACCCUACACAUGUCGUAUACCCCAUGUGCCUGCAGAUUACACCGCGACCUAACUGAAGUGUCACCUGGCAGCCCCGCUUAGAAACC